AUGGCUGAAUCAACAACUAUUCAUAGUACAAAUAAUAAUAUUCCUAUUCCUUCUGUGAUGAAAGCAGCUCAGCAAAGUGGUUUUGGAGAUAUACGUGAUGUUCUUACGCUUGAUGACAAUGUAACUGUACCUCGUCAAUUAUCAUCUAAACAAAUACUUGUUCGAGUAUGUGCUGCUGCAAUUAAUCCAGUCGAUUGGAAAAUUUUAGAGGGAAAACUAUCACUUGUUACUCGAUAUUCAUUUCCUCAUACACCAGGUACUGAUGUUGCUGGUGUCGUUGUUGCUAUCGGUUCUAGUGUAAAACGUCUUCAAAUUGGUGAUAAAGUGUAUGGAGAUCUUGGAAUUCAUGGUGGUAGUUAUGCUGAAUAUGUUCGUGGACCUGAAUCAUUAUUUACAUUGAAACCAAAUAAUUUAACAAUGCAAGAAGCAGCUGCUGUACCUUUAGCAUGUGACACAAGUUCUCAAGCAUUAUUUAAAAAAAUUUCACCUCCUAUUGGACAAGGAAGUAAAAUAUUAAUCUGUGGUGGUAGUACAGCUACUGGUCUAUAUGCAAUUCAAUUAGCUAAAGCAGUUGGUGCUUAUGUGACAGCGACAUGUUCAAAAAGAAAUUUUAGUUUAAUGGAAAAACUUGGAUAUACAAUAACACAAACAAAUAUUGAAAUGAAUAAUGAUCAAAAUCAAUUACAUGUUAUUGAUUAUACGGAAAAAGAUUUCGGAGAAGAACUUAAAGAUCAAAAUUAUGAUAUUGUAUAUGAUUGUGUUGGUGGUGAACAACAAUGGAUAUCCGCACAAAAAAUAUUAAAACGAGGUGGACAAUUUAUUACUAUUGUUGGUGAUGAUUUAUCUUCUAUUAUUUCAUUAAAAACAUUGAUUGUAAUGGGUUCAAGUAUAGUAAAUCGAAAAUUUUGGUCGAUUUUUAGUUCAGCUCAUCAUGGUUAUAUACGUCAUGUAUUAUAUGAAAAUUUUCAAGAUCUUGAUGAUAUUCGAACAAAAUUUAUUGAAACAAACAAAGUUAAACCAUUAAUUGAUACAGUUUUUGAUUGGAGAAAAGAUGGUGUAGACGCAUUAUAUUCACUUUAUGAAAAAUCCAAAAGUGGAAAAGCACAAGGAAAAUUAAUUCUUAAAAUAGCUGAUGAAGAGUAA